AUUAUUGAAUCGCGUAAAACUCAAACGCGCAAUAAUAACGCGCGUCCAAGGAUGCCCAGGGAUGAAAGAAAAGUGUAAGUUCAGUUGGAUUAAUUCCAGAAAUCAAGAAUACCAUUGAACAACGCGUGUAACAAUAGAACUGUCCAAUAAUGAAAAAGCUAUGAAUACCGUCGGGUUCCAGGCAUCCGUGCCUCCGUUUCUGUAAAUAAAUGCGCUUACUCGUCUCAACCCCGAAAAACUUGUGCAUAAGGGGAAACGCAAGAAUUGCAGGAAAAAAACAUAGCACGCUCGAUCGAGGUAUUCGGCCGAUUCACGAGCAUGUUAAAUUAAAACUCUCGGUUAAAAAUAGACCCAUCCGACUUUGCUUAGCCUGCAAUCAUCCAUCACCGCAACUACCGUACUGCACGCAAUCCUUUAUUUUCAUUGGACCACUGACCUACCUAUCGAAGACUUAGACCUUUUUUUUUUUUUUUUUUUAUUCUAAUCCUGCAUAAAUUUCCCGAUUUGAAGCACGCUUUACGCCCAUCGUUUUGAAUAACAAACGAUACCAACUUUACUGUUAUGUAUACGUUAUGCGAUAUCGCCAUUGUGCAAGGAAACCCGUAUCAAAUGCAUAAAUAAUGCAAGGAUUCCUCGCAUGCAUUCGAUUUGAAUGAAAUUUUCUUCGCAUUUUACAGAUUUCAGCGCCUGACAGCGCGGCGGGGCGGCCCCAAUGCCGAGCAGGAAGGGCCUCCUCGCCCCACAGAAUACUUUCUUAGAUACUAUCGCCACCCGUUUCGAUGGAACCCACAGCAACUUUGUGCUGGGAAAUGCGCAGGUUCCGCCGUCCUAUCCGAUCGUUUACUGCUCCGACGGUUUCUGCGAGCUGACAGGAUUCGCGCGAGCGCAAAUCAUGCAGAAAGGUUGCGCUUGCAAGUUUCUACAUGGCCAGAAAACGAAAGAAGAGGAAAUUGGGAUGAUCGACAAGAGUCUCGAGAGCAAGACGGAAUUGAAGAUGGAGGUCGUGUUUUAUAAGAAGACCGGUGAACCAUUCCAUUGCUUGCUCGACAUUGUCCCGAUAAAAAAUGAAAAAGGCGACGUCGUUCUGUUUUUGGCGUCGCACAAGGAAAUCAAAAAGGAUUUUCAGCUCCGUGAGUUGCACGAUAGUGAUGCAAAUGGUAGCCUCGAUCCGGAGGCACCGCCGGCUAAUUACGGCAGAAGAAGGAGUCGCGCCGUUCUUUAUCAACUAUCAGGCCAUUACAGACAGGACAAUAAGCCCAAAAUUAAGUUGAACAAUAACCUUCUGCAUUCUACUGCGGCGCCUUUACCAGAGUAUAAAACAUCCGGGAUAAAAAAACCCCAAUUCAUCUUGAGCCACUACGGCUGCUUCAAGUCUUGCUGGGACUGGUUGAUACUACUCGCAACGUUUUAUGUGGCGAUCGUCGUCCCUUUUAAUGCGAGCUUCAUUAAUACAGACAGGCCUACGAUGGUCAGCGACGUUGUCGUCGAAGCCCUCUUUAUAUGCGAUAUAGUUCUGAACUUCAGAACGACGUACGUGAGCAAGAAGGGCGAAGUCGUCAGCAACAGCAAAUGCAUCGCCGUGAACUACGUAAAGGGCUGGUUCGUCGUUGAUCUGAUCGCGGCUCUGCCGUUUGAUUUUCUUUACGCAUCCGACGUUUACAGCGGCGAGGAAUCGGGACACAGUAACAUACAUUUAGUAAAGUUAACAAGGUUACUAAGGCUGGCGCGAUUACUUCAAAAGAUGGAUAGAUACGCGCAAUAUAGCGGUGUGAUAUUGACAAUGUUAAUGCUGAGCUUUAUCACGUUGGCGCAUUGGAUGGCCUGCGUUUGGUUCGUAAUCGCUGAAAAGGAAAGACUAAAAAACGACAGCGACUGGGACCUAGGUUGGAUUCACACGCUGGCGGAUAGAUUAAAGAUUUCCGUGCAAAAUGUAACGCACGCGGAAAGUUACAUCACAGCAUUGUAUUUCACUUGUAGCAGCUUAACGUCAGUAGGAUUUGGCAACGUUUCGGCCAACACGUUCUCCGAAAAGCUAUUCUCCAUUUGCGCGAUGCUUAUUGGCGCUCUGAUGCAUGCUGUGGUGUUCGGUAACGUGACGGCGAUUAUUCAAAGACUUUACUCUAGAAAAUCGCUGUAUCAAACAAAAUUAAGGGAUCUCAAGGAUUUUUUCGUAUUGCAUCAGAUCCCCGACGAACUGAAACAGCGAAUGCAGGACUACUUUCAGACAAUGUGGUCCCUGAAUCACGGUAUCGACAUACACGAGACCCUCGAGCAAUUCCCCGAGGAACUCAGGGGAGACGUAUCGAUGCAUUUACAUCGGGAGAUUUUGAGUUUACCGAUAUUCGAGGCUGCUUCUCAGGGCUGCCUGAAACUGCUCUCGCUACGCAUUAGAAAUAAUUUCUGCGCACCUGGGGAAUAUCUCAUUCACAAAGGCGACGCGCUAUCGUACAUCUAUUACUUAUGUAACGGUUCCAUGGAAGUUGUGCAGAACGACAUGGUCGUUGCUAUCUUAGGGAAAGGUGAUCUCGUCGGCUCGGACAUAAAGGUGCACCUGCAACACAACAGUAACGGUGGUGGAACGCAUGGAGGUGGUACAGGUGCCACGGACGUUAUAGUGAAAUCCAGCAGCGACGUUAAAGCGUUAACUUAUUGCGAUUUGAAGUGCAUACACAUGCAAGGUCUGGUCGAAGUUCUUCGGCUCUACCCUGAGUAUCAACACGAAUUCGCGAACGAUAUACAACAUGAUCUCACGUACAAUAUACGGGAGGGGUACGAGGCUGAGCAAGAGUCUGACAUGAACGGGCCGUCGUUGACGCUACCGUCGAUCAGCGAAGACGACGAAAAUGUGCCCGACGAAGGGGAAACUUCCCCUCUAUCGCCACCGAAUAAAUCGCCCUUGCAUACGUCGAGUCCGCGACACGCUAAGUUUAGGGAAGAGUAUCGAGAAGGCAGAAGAGCCGCAAGAGGAGUCCUGGUGAGAGGUAGAGCGGCUCAGGUGAUGGCGCAAGAGUCUGUCGAAGAACAUAUCCGAGGAUCGGUGGAAAGACUUGACACUCAAUUCUCAACACUACAUCACGACGUCGCUACGCUCAGUUGCGAGGUCAGAAACGCGAUUCAAGCCCUACAAAUACUGGCAUGUUCGCCGCAAAGUAAUCCGAAUUUGCCAAUGCCUGUGAAUCGCGGCAGCGGGGUUUUGGCAAGGAGCUCGUCUCAUCCCCCCGACGCAAUAUGCUGGAAUCCUCCUGCAAGGGUGUGCGAUGCGGCAACGCAAACAGAUUGGCCCGUGGACGUGUUCGAUGCCUGGGUUCGGGCGAAUCCUCACAGAGUUCUCAGGAUUCUCGAGCUCGAUCCAGAUACUCUUUUGAGGCAACCGCGAUCGCCGACGCCGUCUCCGUCUUCGCCUCCACCGCCCCCGUACGAACCUCUAUCGCCUGUUGCAGGCACGCCACCCCAAUCGCCAUCCCCAUCGCAAGGAAAGGACAGUUUCGUUUACGGAAAUCGCGGGGAGCGACACAUUCCUCGUUUAUACAGGCCAGCACAUUCUACCUGGGAUCCUGAGAAUAAACACCGGUACAGCGCCGGCGAUGCCGAGAACGCGUCUUUGUAUCAAGCGUUCGGUAACCUGCGUCAACUACCAGAAUCGAGAUCACUGAAAUUCGAUCCAUUCGAUAAUUGAGCGUCUACGGAGACAUAUCAGAAAUCCACGAAAACAGAAUGCUCGUGCAAUUCAACGUGGACAUUUCUACAUGCUGGAGGAAGAACAGUCUAGUCGCUAUACUUUAAGAUUGAAUGGAAUAUUAUAACGAUAUUUUCGUCGGGCUGAUUUUUCAAACAUUUUUGAUCAAGUCGUUCCAAAUAACGUACGAAAUAUUUUACGUUUCUAAUACCGAGUACUGACGAGAAUAAUAAAAUUCUAAAGCUGGUACCAUAAGCUUGGUAGAUGUAUACAAUAAAACGACUUUCAUAAUUUUGUCAUAACCAGGCAUAGAGUUUGAAGCGACGUGAAUUCGUGAAAAAGAGGUAUUAACGAAUACAAAGGUAACGAAAUCUUCUAUGAAAAAAUGUGUAACGUACCUUUUCCAUACAGUCAAUAAUUUACAAGCAACGCUGAUUGCGAAGUUGCUUGACUUACGCGUUGGUUUACGAAAGAUGUUAAUGUACAUUCCAAUUAUUUACCCUUUUCAUUGGUUUGCUUUCAUUUCAACGUUUUAAACGUUAGCCCUGAGUAUACAAUUUUUAAACUACGUAAUAAUCAAUAAUCCCGUAAUCUCUUCCAAGUAUGAUUCGUUCGAAACUUGUUCUAAUUAUUAUGGAUCGUUGAUUUCGUUUCACCAGGAUUAACGAACAUUGGAAAAUAAUGGAAAAGCCUACAAAAAGCAAAAUGUUGGUGCUGAACAAAGUGUAUUCAUUUACAUACUGCAACGUAUCGAUUAUAUGCAAAAGAACAUAUCAUAAAUAUUUUAUAAAAAAAUUUUUCAGUAAACCUAAUUUC